GGACUCUGAGAUCAUGACCUGAGCCGAAGGCAGAGGCCCAACCCACUGAGCUACUCAGGAGCCCCUAAAAUCACUACUCUUUAAAUUCUGCUGUAGGAGGAAUCUUCUGCAGCUUAUUCAUUGUAUGAGUAAAAACCAAGUCAUAUCCAUAAUUGCACUGAACUGGGCACAAGAAAACUGCCAUAUAUGUCACAGUAUACUGAAAAAGAGCCAGCAGCAAUGGAUCAAGAAUCCAGCAAGGCUGCCUGGCCCAAACCAGCAGGAGGAUAUCAGACAAUCACAGGCAGGAGAUAUGGAAGAAGACAUGCAUAUGUCAGUUUUAAACCAUGUAUGACCAGGCAUGAAAGAAGUUUAGGUCGGGCUGGUGAUGACUAUGAAGUGUUGGAACUAGAUGAUGUUCCAAAGGAAAAUUCCUCAGGUUCCUGUCCAUCGGAUCAAGUUCAUUCUUCUUUACCCAAUGACACUUUAUUUGAAAAAAGUGAAACCGAAAUUCCCAUUUGUGAUACAACAUUGAAUCAAACCAUUGAGAGCAGUCCAUCCUUUGCUGCGGUACAUCAUAGGGAGGAGGGCAGGGAGACUUUAGGAAGCAGUACAGAUCUUCAGAAUCACUCUGAGGGAGAAUAUACUACAGAAGCUUGCAAUGCUUCAAGUGUACAAAAUGGAAUUUCAUUGGUUCAGACUGACUCUUAUGAUCCAGAUGGCACGCAUGGAGAGGCCAGUGACCGUCUUCAGCUUUCUGCAGAAGUUGUGGAAGGUGGUGGCUAUCAGGAAGCAUUGGGCAAUACAAUAUUUGAGUUGGCAAAUGGAGAGGUAGAGGCAUACACUGGUCUUUCACCACCGGUUCCCUCUUUUAACUGUGAAAUAAGAGAUGAAUUUGAAGAGCUAGAUUCAGCACCUUUAGUCAAAAGUUCUACUGGUGAUACUGAGUUUGUCAGUGAGAACAAUCAGGAGUUUCAGAGGUCUUCUUCUGAAGUUGAAGUUGUUAGAAAGAAACAACAAAAUGAUACUAGCCAGGAGAGUCAGAGAGAAAAUGCAGCUGAAGAUGCAGUGUGUGCUCCCGGGCAUAUCUGCAGUGAACAAAAUACUAGUGAUAAGGGAAAGAACCAGGGAAGUUUUCCUGAACAGGUAGUAAGGCCCAAAGUUAGAAAACUGAUAAGUUCAAGCCAGGUGGACCAAGAAACAGGUUUUAAUAGGCAUGAGGCUAAACAAAGAAGUGUUCAGAGAUGGAGGGAGGCUUUGGAAGUUGAGGAAAAUGGCUCAGAUGACCUAUUAAUAAAAUGUGAUGACUACGAUGGAGAACAUGACUGCAUGUUCUUGGAUCCACCUUACUCAAGAGUUACGCAUAGGGAAACAGAACAUAACCAAGUAACAGCGGAAAGUGGAGCCACAGCAGGAAGGCAAGAAGUGGUGGAUAACACCUUUUGGAACGGCUGUGGAGAUUAUUACCAGCUGUAUGACAAGGAUGAAGAUAGUUCAGAAUGCAGUGACGGAGAAUGGUCUGCCUCAUUGCCUCAUCGGUUUUCUGGUACAGAAAAAGAUCAGUCAUCAAGUGAUGAAAGCUGGGAAACUUUGCCAGGAAAAGAUGAGAAUGAACCUGAAUUACAGAGUGAUAGCAGUGGUCCUGAAGAAGAAAACCAAGAAUUGUCUCUACAGGAAGGGGAACAGACAUCCUUGGAAGAGGGAGAGAUUCCUUGGUUACAGUACAAUGAAGUCAAUGAAAGCAGCAGUGAUGAGGGUAAUGAGCCUGCCAAUGAAUUUGCACAGCCAGAAGCUUUUAUGCUGGAUGGGAACAAUAACCUUGAGGAUGACUCUAGUGUGAGUGAAGACUUAGAUGUGGACUGGAGCCUGUUUGAUGGUUUUGCAGAUGGACUAGGAGUUGCUGAAGCGAUUUCUUAUGUGGAUCCUCAGUUCCUCACCUACAUGGCGUUGGAAGAACGCUUAGCCCAGGCUAUGGAGACUGCAUUGGCACAUUUAGAGUCUCUGGCAGUGGAUGUUGAGGUGGCCAAUCCACCAGCCAGUAAGGAAAGCAUUGAUGGUCUUCCAGAGACCCUUGUUCUUGAAGACCACACCGCAAUUGGUCAAGAGCAGUGCUGUCCAAUCUGUUGCAGUGAGUAUAUUAAGGAUGAUAUAGCAACAGAGCUUCCCUGUCACCAUUUCUUUCACAAACCUUGUGUCUCAAUUUGGCUACAGAAGUCGGGAACGUGCCCCGUGUGCCGCCGCCACUUCCCACCCGCCGUCAUCGAAGCAUCGGCAGCUCCGUCCUCUGAGCCUGACCAGGAGGCCCCCCCUUCCGCUGACAGCUCUGCAGAAGCCCCUUAAACUUUAAUCCUUGAAUGAGAUCACUAUGUCUAAAAGUCAUUCUGCAAAUCCCUUCUCAAUCUGAUGUGCAAAUAAUUAUAUAUAAAUAAAUUUAAAAUCCUAUAUAUAGUCUAUACCAUAGUUUAGAAAGAAGAAUAUUAACCUUUCUAAACUAAAUUUAGGUUCGCAGAAAGUACUAAACAUUUUCAAGCUGAAUGUUGAAGCAGUGCAUCCAUUUUCUUUCGUUGAACAUGUUGGUAUUAAUUGUAAAGUCAAGCUUACCAGUUAACUCUCUCCAGAAGAAAUAAUCAUGUAUGUGGCACAUAUUAUUGGUUUUGUCUGAAGUACUGCCACUAAGUGAUUAUAAUUAAACUCUCCUAUUUGCAUCAAAUGUGAAGACUGUGAUCACAACAGUAGUAAAAUUUGGUUUCAUUGGAAAUAAAAAGUAUUCUAAAACAUGCUUUUUUCAUUGGUCGCUUUGCUUUUGCUACAUCAGAACCUCUUGGUUCAUGAUACUGAGUGGUUUUUUUCGGAAGGUGUCUACUCUUCCAUCUUUGUUUAAAAUUAGGACUUUUUAGAAUCAAAACAAAGGCCAAAAUUUUGGCUUAAUCACCACAAAAUUUUAAGAUCUUAAAUGUAAUCCCCUUGGAAUGGUUAGAUAGUAAAAUAACUUUUUUUUUCCUCUUUCUUAGUGGUGGAUGUGCUUAAAGUAAGGUUAGCAAAGCAUGAGUGUUUUACUAUGGUUGGUGCUUGAGGUAAGGUUAGUAAAGCUUAUGAACAAUCUAGUGUGCUCAGUGUUUGGUAUGAUGAGGUGAAUUAGAUGGCCUUAUGAAAUCCUUUUUCCCUUUCUACCUGGUUACAAUUAUACUUGAGAACAUUCAUGGCACAUUUCUUAGAUAAUUUUUUUUUAAUUUAUAAAUUUAUAAAUAUGCUUGUUUAUAAAUUUAUAAAUAUUAGAUACAGUUUGUUUAAAGUAAUUUUGGUUCAGAAAUAUUUUAGAAAGUCUGAAAACAUGCAUCACGUGUUUAAACAUUCAUUCUGUUGUAUCCAAGAGGAAAUCUGAUCCUUAAAACCUGGAAGGUUAAUUGUACCAACUUGUGUAAAGCAUAAAAUUAACGGGGUAUAGGACAGAAUUGGCCACAUCUUUUUAUAACAUAUCUAAACCUUACUGUGUUAUAAUUUAUUUCUUUAAAGUAUUCCUGAAUAAGGAUUAUUCAUAGUACAUUUGUUUCUUUACACUAAUUUAUUUUGAUAAAAUUAUUCACCUGGAAAUAAAUAAUAAAAAUGGGUUGUUUCAUAUUAAACCAAAUUAAGCCCUGGGUGAAAAAAGGAGUAGGGUGAUCAUCUAGUGACUGUGAGUAGAACUGAACAUGUAACAUGGUUCCUUUCUUAUUUUCCUUUCUCUAAAAGAGAAGAGAAGACCCUGACCCCAGAUUUGCCCUCCCAAAGAGUUCCUUUCAGAUUCUUCUAUAAACAUGAGGAAGUGAGCUUUGUUUAGUUGUUUUUUAUGGGAAAUUUGGCCUUUAGGGUCAUCCAUAAUUAUGUAACUCCAAAAUAAGAUUGCAUAGCUUUCCGUUUAGGUGAUCACACCCAGUAGGCAAAUAUGUACAAAGAUGGACAUAAUAUUUAACUUACAGAUGUGAUUUGCUCUCAGUACCAGAGAAUGAUAGGUGUUAGAAUAUUGCAUUUGAUCAAGUAAAAUUGUAAAGCAUGUAGCGAGUGUACAUCCAUCUGAGUAGUACAUUGGUAAUUUAGUUGGGACACAUAAAAGGAAUAUUUAUAUGGCUUCCCAAAUGCAAAGUUACAUUUUAUUUGUGUAAUUUCUUUGAGUAUUUAUAUUCCAUCUCUUUUCUUCGUUCUUAAAUGAAUUUUCACUGUUGGCACAUUUGAGGCUUAACUAUAAGGAACAUAACACUUGCAUUCUAAUUUUUGCAUAUAUUGUAAAUGUGUGUCUGGUAUUUACAGCAAAAUACUGUGUAUCCUUUUAUGGGUAAAACAAAACUGAACAUUGCAUGCAUGUAAUGUGGUGACUUUGUAAUUUAGGGGUUCUUUGGGGCUUCUGUGACUUUGGAAAUGCUUACAUUCAGGCCUUAAUGUUGCAUUAGCUAGCAUGUUUUCCUUCUGAUGUAUAUAGUCACUGUUGUAUAAACUAAUCUUUGCUUGUUUUCUACUCUGUGAUCUUUCCAUACCAUAUUUCAUUGACGAUCAGUGUCGAGGAGUCAAAUCAGAUUAAACUUAAUUCUCAUGUGUAUAUUGUG